AUGCUUAGACGGCUGGGCAUAUCUUCCUUGUGGAAACCAAAAAAUCCGCAUUCGUUGGAAUAUUUGAAGUAUUUGCAUGAAAUACUUCGCAAGAACGAGCAAGUAACAGAGAAUAACCGUAAAUUGUUGGUGGAAUGCCUGAGAGCAAUAGCUGAAAUUUUAAUUUGGGGUGACCAAAAUGAAAGUUCUGUUUUUGAUUUUUUCUUGGAACGACAAAUGUUGGAAUAUUUCCUUUCCAUAAUGAAACAGAAUUGUGGAUCCUUUAUCUGUGUUCAGUUAUUGCAAACGCUCAACAUUUUAUUCGAAAAUAUACGUCAUAAAACUUCUUUAUAUUAUUUGCUCAGCAAUAAUCAUGUUAAUUCAAUUAUUAUGUAUCACUUUAAUUUUGAAAAUGAGGAGAUCAUGGCCUAUUACAUAUCCUUUUUGAAAACGCUUUCCUUCAAACUUAAUAUGUAUACAAUACACUUUUUUUUCAACGAGGUUAAUCAAGAUUUUCCAUUGUACACAGAAGCCAUUAAAUUUCAAAAUCAUAAUGAAGCUAUGGUGCGCAUUGCAGUACGAACGACCACACUGAACAUAUACAGAGUAGAAGACGAAGCAAUGCGAAGCUUUGUUCGUGCUCACUCUCGAGCUUACUUCUGUGCGUUGAGCGAUUUUAUUGCAAGACAGUCGAUUGAAAUCGAUCAUUUUGUUCGGUCGGCUGAAAAUGAAUCUAGCAAUCGCAAAAAGCUUGAUGCUAUGAUUGAUGAUUAUCUUGAUUAUAUGCAUUACCUCAACGAUAUUUUACUUAUAAAAGACGAGAAACUUUCUGCUGUACUUAUAGAAGUAGUUUUUGAAAGACUACUGGGAUCGCUGUAUCUUUCAUCUCUUGGCGGUAUUCACCUUUAUCCCGGCACCGCUAUUUUAACACCAGUAUCUUCUCUUUUCUUUCUUGCUCAGUUUCUCCUGAUCGUCGAUGAUUUCCAUGCAGUACAAACACUUUUAUCGUCAUUCUUUUUUGGUGAUGGUUCCGAUAUAGAGUAUCAAUGGAUUCGUAAUGAAAAGGCAUUGUGGAUUCUUACGAAUAUGAAAGCUAAAGACAUAGAACCGAGAGCAUUUUUUAAUGGAUAUCUGAAUGCGUUGGAUUGUUCGAGGCAUGACUAUUCGGCUUUUUACGGACUUAUUUUCAUUUAUGCCCUUUGUCAGAACAAAGGAGCAAGGAGAGAAAUCCUGGAUGCUGUGCAGUUCACUUCCGAUGUCGUUGGUCCUUCCGAUGACAAUUUCCUGAAUGGAUUGCUGGAUAUCAUAAUUAGAAGUGUUGAGAAAGACACGUUUAUUCGUACAGUAACAGUUGAAUUAUGCUGUAUUGUCUUAAGGCAGUUGUUACUGAUCAUGGAUGCAUCUGUAGAUGCGCAAGUAGAAUGUGAAAGGAGAGCAGGAAAAAUUAUAGCAAGCCUUGUUAGCAUGCUCACACCAUCUGUUUAUUCGGAAGAAUUAUUUUUGGAGAUGUUUGAGGAUGAAUUUUAUAAUUUCGAGCGGAAUAAAAUCCAAAUUGGAAGUAUCAGUACAGAUUCAUCGCUUUUGCUUCCUCCUUCUAGUACACCACUGAAUGGUGUAUCGCUUAAUAAGCGCUUACCAUGUGGCAAUGAAGAACGAACUCGAAGGAAUAUCCAGCUGUUCUUUCACUUGAGGCAUUUCGCAUUAGAUCUGCGCGAUGAAGAAGAGACACGAUUACCGAUAUUAUCUAAAAUUGAUGCGUUUGUUGAAGUAAACGACUGUAUCAACCUCGAAAACAGUGAUUUGCUUGCUUGCACAGUUAUGAAUGAGAAAAGCGAAAAAGUUCAUCGAUUCCUUGUUACGGACCAGGCGCAGUUGAUAUUGGUAGAACCAGAUAGCAGGCGUAUGGGAUGGGCCAUUGUCCGAUUUGUUGGUCUUUUACAAGACACACAACUAACGAGUGAUCUUGGUGACAGUCGUGCGCUUCAUAUUAUUGUUAAUAAUGCAAGCAGUCGUUCGGAAGCAAAUGGUGCAUUUUAUUUCAGUGCAAAAUUUUUGUUUGAUGACCAUAUCCGAUGUAUGGCUGCCAAACAACGUCUUACGAAGGGUAGACAGACAGCAAGGCAGUGUAAACUGGAUCAGAUUUGUGAUUUGUUCGGGGUUACACGCAAAUCUUCUACAUUGAGGAAUAAUAAGAAUCCAUUUCGGAUAGUUAAAGGUUGUCUACCUGGAUCAUUACGAAGACAGCCACAAAUAAGCAGUCCACGUAGCAGCAGAUCGUCCAGCUGUUCAUUAAAUAUUAUUCCUGAUGAUCCUGAACAUGGUGCAGGUCCUUCAACAAAUGAAGAUUGGAAAGUAGAAGACAUGUAA